GCGAAGUAGUGUCUCAGUAGUUCAUAGAGUGCUGGGCUGUGCGAGUGAAUGUGCGUCCUCAGAUAAACUGACAUAUUCUCUUCACUUCCCCCCUGUUUUCUGGGAUCUGGGUUCAGCUUUACCACCGUAGUGGGUAAUGGAUGGAUUAAAUGUGUUUUUUUUUCGUGCAUUGGUGUAGCACGAGUAACGGUGACAGAAUAAAAGUAGGAAAUACUGGGAGUUCGCCGCAAUUCAGCACAAUUGUACUGACCUGAAAACUGCUGAACUUCAGAUGAGUCGAGACUAUUCAAACUGCCGCUUUAAGGAAGAAGGUUUAGCGCCUCCCUCAUCGACAGCUUCUAUACAGUCGGAGACUAAAGAGAUUUCGAUUUACGGUAGACUUAUGAGCCUUAAACAAUAAGGAUCAGUGAGUGAUUCAGUCUCUGGAUCUCCAGGAAUCGAAUUAUACCUUUGAUGUGUGGUUUCAUCUAAAAGUAAUCCUUGCCUGUGACUGAUUAUGUCUUCCAUAGACCCGUACCAAUACAUCAUAGUGGAGCAUCAGUAUUCACACAGGUUCAGAGUGACUGUACAGAAGGCUGAAAGUGUCACUAAGGGGGCAUUAGGUGACUUAUUGGACACUCCUGACCCCUAUGUGGAGCUGUUCAUUCGCUCUGCCCCCGAGUCAAGAAAACGGACACGCCAUAUCGACAACGAUGUCAACCCAGUGUGGAAUGAGACCUUCGAGUUUAUAUUGGACCCCAAUCAGGAGAAUGUGCUGGAGAUAACGCUAAUGGAUGCCAACUACGUGAUGGAUGAGACUCUGGGGACGGUGUCGUUCCCCAUAUCGUCAGUCAAGCUGGGGCAGCCUGAACAAAUUCCAUUCCGCAUCGGCAAUGUAACCAAGGUGUACUUAAAAAUGAGUCUCGAGAUAUGUGCCUCCACGGAUCUCCGCUUCAGCAUGGCCCUGUGCGACCAGGAGAAGCUGUUUCGGCAGAAGCGAAGGGAGCGAGUGAUGCUUGGCAUCAAGAAGCUGCUGGACAUGGAGAAGGGCCAGUUCCUCCCCAGCUCUGUGCAGCAGGUGCCAGUCAUCGCCAUCGUCGGAUCCGGUGGAGGAUUCCGAGCCAUGGUUGGAUUCUCUGGGGUGAUGAAGGCGCUGUACGAAUCCGGGGUGCUCGACUGCGCCACCUACGUGGCCGGGCUCUCAGGGUCCACGUGGUACAUGUCGACGCUUUACUCCCACCCGGGAUUUCCGAACAAGGGGCCCCAGGACAUCAACCAGGAGCUGAUGAAGAGUGUGAGCAGCAACCCACUGAAGCUGCUCAUGCCGCAGAACAUCAAGCGCUACAUCAAGGCGCUCUGGACGAAGAAGGCGGGCGGGCAGCCCGUCACCUUCACCGACAUCUUCGGCAUGCUCAUUGGGGAGACCCUGAUCCCCGGGCGAAUGGACUCCACUCUGAGCCAGAUGCAGGAAAAGGUGAACGAAGGCCAGUGUCCAAUGCCCCUGUUCACCUGUCUCCACGUCAAGCCGGACGUGUCCGAGCUCAUGUUUGCAGAUUGGGUGGAGUUUAGCCCAUACGAGAUCGGUAUGGCAAAGUAUGGCACCUUCAUGCCACCCGGGCUCUUCGGGAGCAAGUUCUUCAUGGGCAGCGUGGUCAAGAAAUACGAGGAGAAUCCUCUGCACUUCCUCAUGGGAGUUUGGGGCAGCGCUUUUUCCAUCUUGUUCAACCGGGUCCUGGGUGUCAAAGAGACCACAGGAGGGAGCACCAUGGAGGAAGAACUGGAGCAGAUAAAGCCGAAGCAUAUCGUGGGAGAAGACAACCAGGACAAUGACGAGGAGCCGCGGCAGGACAACCAGGAGGUGGAGGAUGAGAACCAGCGGAACGCACAAGCCAGCUGGGUGCAGAGGAUGUUCACCUCGCUGGUGGGCGAGUCCACCCUGUUCAACACGCGCGAAGGCCGCGCUGGCAAAGUGCAUAACUUCAUGCUGGGCCUCAACCUCAACAGCACACUGCCCAUGUCUCCCUUCCCCUGCAUGAAUGACAGCCUAGCGGAGGAAGAAGUGGACGCCGUCACAGACCCAGAUGAGUUUGACCGGAUCUACGAGCCCUUGGACGUGAAGAGCAAGAAGAUCCAUGUUGUGGACAGUGGGCUGACUUAUAACCUCCCAUACCCACUAGUGCUUCGGCCACAGAGGGGCGUAGAUCUAAUAAUCUCCUUCGACUUCUCGGCCCGGCCCAGCGACUCCAGCCCUCCCUUCAAGGAGCUGCUUCUGGCCGAGAAGUGGGCCCGCAUGAACAAGCUGCCCUUCCCAAAGAUCGACCCCAAGGUGUUCGACCGGGAAGGUCUGAAGGAGUGCUAUGUCUUCAAACCCAAGAAGGGCGACCGCAACUGCCCUACGGUCAUUCACUUUGUUUUAGCCAACAUCAACUUCAGGAACUUCAAGGCUCCAGGAGUACCCCGGGAAAACGACAAGGAGAGGGAGUUUGCCGACUUUGACAUAUUUGAUGACCCCGAGACGCCCUACUCUACAUUCAACUUCCAGUACUCCAACCAAGCAUUCACACAGCUGCACGACCUGAUGGAGUUCAACACCCUCAAUAACAUCGAGGUGAUCAAGGACGCUAUCAAGGAGAGCAUCAUGUACCGGAAGGAGAACCCCUCCCGCUGCUCUGUGUCACUGUCCCUCAACGAAAUCGAAAACAAGAAGUUCCUAAAGAGGGAGAAUGGCGCAAAGGUUUAAUCCAGACGGACAGAGAAAAUGACUGUGGAAGCGUGGAGCUUCACACAUGUCAUUAACCCAACCCUGGCCGGUCACGGCUAUCUUUAGCACCCAUAGCUCUUGGUCCAGUGGUGUAUAUGAUCAUCCUAAGGUAUAAUAAUGGGGUAUAGAAGCAUCCCCUAAAUAUAAGACCUCACAGUUAGCCUUUAUAAUAUGGCCAAAGGACCCAUGCAUUCUUACGAACAGAUUCUGUAAAGCCAAAUAUGGGGAUGUUGCCAUUUCCACCCCUGAGUUUAAAGAUGAGGCAACUCAAGUGUAUUUCUAUAUGUCUGUGUGUGUGUGUGUGUGUGUGUGUGUGUGUGUGUGUGUGUGUGUGUGUGUGUGUGUGAGUACUCGCAGUAACCACCUCCAGGGUCAUUAAUUGCAAGUGUUCUGGUUUCUGUCAUAUUUUUCACUCAAAUUAUGUGAUGAAAACAUAAAUGCUCAUGAUACAACUAUUAAUGGUCAAAAAUUACUUGCAGUCACUGCAUAGCUGUUUGCAAUUCUGUAUUAUUAUACUGUAUAUAUUUAGUGAUAUUAUGGUGUAAUAUCAGCUCAGGAUAACAAAGUUAGUGGGGACAUGCUUAUCUUACCACUUUUUAAACAUGUUUAUCACUAUAUAUCUUUACUUAGAUGUUCAUUUUAGAUACAGUAUGACUUUAAUUUCCUUACUGUGCAUCUCUCGAUGAAUGGAAUUAGGCCAGAGAGACCUGAGCUGCUCCUCAUGAACGGGAUGGUGAUCAGGCGAUUCGUCAGAGCGAAAUGUCGCGCUAACCUGUCACUUCUGCGCCAUCUGUCGUCUGUGUGGUGUAUUGCAGCAUGAACGUCAUUGUAGGCAUCCUCCUUGAAACGCAUUUCAUGUCUUUGCUUAAAAUACUCUCAAAACACUCUUACUUAAUAUUAUUGUUAUUAUUCCAUAUAUGUAGCUGAUUCCAUCUUUAACCUUGAAACUUUUUGUAUCAAAAGAAAUGAAGAUAACACUUUUUCGUUUUAUGUUGCAGUAAUAUAGACUUUAUAUUUAAAAUUGUACUUUAUUUGCCUUACAUUGUCUAACAACAGUGUUUACAGUAAGAUAUGUUUUAGUUUGAAUCGGUGCAGUUUAAGUCGACUUGGUUACUCUGAAAGUGCGAACUGUCAACAUUUCUGUUGACAGUAAACACUUUUAUUUAUGUGAAUAUAACAUUUGCAUAGCAAUGCCUGUAUGAUGAAUCUUAUUUAUAAGUAAAAGUGAUGAAUAAUAUGCCUUUGUACACUGUCUUGAAAGUUUGCAAGAUGAUGCUGAAUAAAGGAUAGGCUUCAACUUA